CCAAAACGCCGACGACAAACUAAACACCACAACAUCGAUUUAGGGCAUUUUAACCUGCCCUGAUAAAUCUGAUAGCACUAAAUCUUUUAUCGUCGUAUCACAGAUUUAAUUUAUUUCACCGAAUGUUUGUGCGAAUAUGAGUCAACGGCAGGUUUUACAGGUAUUUGAGCAGUACCAGAAGUCGAGGACACAAUUCGUGCAGACAGUCGCGGAGCUUGCAACACGACCACAGAAUAUUGAAACUUUACAAAAUGCAGGUGUAAUGUCCCUUCUGAGGCCUCUUCUGUUGGACGUGGUCCCAACUAUUCAGCAGACAGCAGCACUCGCGCUUGGAAGGCUUGCCAACUACAACGAUGACCUGGCUGAGGCAAUCGUGAAGGGAGACAUUCUCCCCCAGCUUGUGUACUCCUUGGCGGAGCAGAAUAGGUUUUAUAAGAAGGCGGCCGCCUUCGUCCUGCGCGCCGUGGCCAGGCACUCCCCGGAGCUGGCGCAGGCUGUGGUGGACUGCGGGGCUCUGGAGGCUCUCGUCAUCUCUCUGGAGGAGUUUGACCCGGGGGUCAAAGAGUCUGCCGCCUGGGCACUGGGCUACAUCGCUCGUCACAAUGGAGAGUUGUCCCAGGCAGUGGUGGAUGCUGGGGCAGUGCCACUGUUGGUGCUCUGCGUCCAGGAGCCUGAGAUCGCUCUGAAGCGCAUCGCCGCCUCCGCCCUCAGCGACAUCGCCAAGCACUCCCCCGAGCUCGCCCAGACGGUGGUGGACACAGGAGCCAUUGCUCACCUGGCACAGAUGAUCCUUAACCCCGACGCCAAGCUCAAGAGACAAGUGUUCUCGGCGCUGAGCCAGAUCUCCAAGCACUCGGUGGAUCUAGCCGAGCUUGUGGUGGAGGCUGAGAUCUUCCCCGCCGUGCUGGCCUGCCUCCGCGACCCGGACGAGUACGUGAGGAAGAACGUCACCACGCUGAUGCGCGAGAUCACCAAGCACACUCCCGAGCUGUCCCAGCUGAUCGUGAACUCUGGUGGAAUAGCAGCUGUCAUCGAUUACCUCGGGGAUUGCAAGGGGGCCGUGCGUCUGCCUGGUAUUAUGAUGCUGGGAUAUGUAGCGGCGCACUCCGAGAACCUUGCCAUGGCUGUCAUCGUGUCCAAGGGGGUGCCCCAGUUGGCCAUCUGCUUGUCCGAGGAGCCUGAGGACCACAUCAGGGCCGCCACGGCCUGGUCUCUGGGGCAGAUCGGCCGACACACCCCCGAGCACGCCCGCGCUGUAGCCGCCGCUAACGUGCUGCCCAAGCUGCUGGCUCUCUACAUGGACACACAGAGCUCGGAGGAUCUGCAGGUCAAGGCGAAGAAAGCACUGAAGAGCAUCCUGCAGAAGUGCACCCAUUUGCCGGCGCUGGAGCCUCUGCUGUACGAUGCUCCUAGCAACAUCCUGAAGCACGUCGUCUGCCAGUUCAGCAAGGUUCUCCCUCACGACAGCAAGGCCAGGCGCCUGUUUGUGACCAGCGGGGGGCUGAAGAAAGUGCAGGAGAUCAAAGCCGACAUGGGCUCUGCUCUGCAGGAGUACAUCACCUCCAUAAACAACUGCUACCCAGAGGAGAUCGUCAGGUACUACUCUCCGGGCUACUCUGAGACCCUGUUGGAGAGGAUUGAGAAGUAUCAGCCAGUGUAAUAUGCUCAGAAGGCAUCUCCAUUACCCACAAGAGGACCAAUAUCUACAUGGAAAACAGUGCCUUAUGUGAAUUAUGAUAGAAAAUUAAAUGUCAUCCUUUAGUAAUGAA